AUGCGGACAACGGCGCGCCGGCGGACGGCCCCGGAUCUCGACUUGGAAAAGGUGCAGCUGCCAAAUCUGCUGCCCAGCCGCGGAGGAAGCUUCGUGCCGCAGCUCAGCGCGAGGAGGCACUCAGGAGGACCUUCGUUGACGCCUGCCACACCUUCAAAAACCACAAGCCUGACGCCACAAUCUGGAGGCUAUGCACUUGCAGAGACACGAAAUCUCCGACGUUUGAGCAAACAGCGAGGGCUGGUGCAACGAGACGAGGAGGCUCAGGACGAGGAGAUACCCAGUUUGGAGGAGCUGGAACGUGACCUCCAAGGCUGGAAUGGCCAAUGGAAGAAGAAGAAGGCGGCAGUGCUGAUUCUCGAGCGCCUCCGCCUAGAUCAGGAGGCCGAGGACCGGAGGAGGGAAGAGCUGGAGGAGAGGCGUCGUAAACAGGAGGAGAAGCGAGAGCAGAUGCGCCGGAUAAUGGAGCAGGAGCAGCGGGAACUGCAGGAAGAGAUCAAACGCCACGAAGCGCGUGUGAAGUCUUUGAAUGCAGCGAAAGCUUGGCAGAACUUCGCCCAUCGGAUCGUUGCCUUGCAGGAGAAGCUCAUCGAGGAGUUGAAGCAGCCAUGGACCUGUCCUACCUGCUCUGGCUCGGGAUUGUGCAACAGGUGCAAGGGUGAGGGGACCCUUUCCGUCACGUACCUGUCGUCCAACGUGCAAGCUCGCAAUGCAGAUGCAUUCCGUGGGCGCUGCGUCUAUGGUUGUCAUGCUUGCGGAGGCAUUCGUGAUGGCCGUGAUGUCUAUGGCUACGAGACAGCAGAGCUAGGCUCUGGACUGUGUUUGAAGUGUGCUGGGCAAGGGUACCGGUCUCAGUAUGGCAGCGCAUCCGUCUCGAAACACAGGGCAUACGGCCGAGUUUCUGAGUGUGGAAAGGGAGGACGUGUGUGUGGCCCCCAACCUUGCAGGCAAAUCUGGCCCUCCCUACGAGAGGUACUGGCUCAGAUGGAGGAGCUGCUUAGGGUCAAGGCUUUGAUGGAGCAUGCUGGAGCUGCCUUGCGGGGCUUCCGACUGUGUUUCAGGAGCGCAGGAAGGCAGUGUCUGCCGAUGAGCCGCUGUCUCCACGGUAGCGGAAGGUUUCUUUGUGGCUGGGCUGUUUUAUUUGUGGAAGGGAUGUAA